AUGAGUAUAUUCGUUGUUGCACACAAGCAUGCAAAGAGUAUUCGCAAGCAAGAGCGUCGAAUUGACGGCGAUACGACAAGCAUCAGAAUGUCAGAGGCUAAAACUGCCUGGCGUCUCAGUGUUUUCAUUAUCGUGUUUAUAAUAUGUUGGACUCCAUUUUUUGUCAAAAUAUGGGGGCGUCUGUUUUUAAAAAACGGUCCGCCUGUUCAUUUCUAUGUGGUGGCAAACACAUUGCCGAACAUUAAUGCGGUAAUAAAUCCAUUUUUGUACGCUCUUUUCAAUCCAACGUUCAGAAGAAGAAUGGUUAUGUUUUACAAGAAGAAGAAAGGAACCCGCCAGAAAAUGGAAUCCAUUCGAAGAAACGAAAUUUCGACUGCUCUGACAAAUCUUAAUAACAGUCCAUCCAUGAGCAGAGCUGUAUCAACGCAGUUUUCUCCACAAACAGAGCGACGUGAACUGCAUUCUGUAGACUUGGGGAAAGAACACCUAGACGCGUUUAAAAAGCUGCUCACUCCACCACAUACUGAGCACGGACACACUAGUAAUGAAGAGAUGUAUAGUCCAAACGAAACAAGCUUGUAA